AUGGUGUCUUUUGACGUCGUCUCACUCUUUAAGUCCAUACCGCAGGUCCUUGAGGCCGAAACGCUCAGAGAUCUGUUACUUCAAAAUUACGACAAGGUCGAUGGCCAGCUCACAGCUCACGAUCUCAUAGAACUCAUGGAGCACUGCCUCAAGACAUUCUUUACCUUCGAAUGGAUCAAACAUGAGCCAAUCAAGGGCGCUCCAAUGAGUUCACCAAUCUCCGGGCUCAAUGUCGAGGUGGUUCUACAACAACUCGCAAGACGACUAUUCGAGGAGUACAUACCCACGUUUUUGGCAUGCUACGUUGGUGGCACCUUUGCAGUCGUCGACCGGGAUAAAAACAACUCCUAUGCGAAUCUACUGAACUCAAUCAUUACCGAUCUACUGUUCACGAUGGAAGAGGAAGUAGGGGGCAAACUUCCAUUCCUCGAUGCUCUCGUCUGCCGCCAACCAAACGACAAACUAGCGACUUCGGUCUAUAGAAAACAGACGAACACGCUGCAAAUGUUCAGCUACAACAACAACAACAACAACCUCCCGCUGCAACACAAACGAGGCUGUGUCCGUACGCUAUCCCGACUGGUGGAAACUUAUUUCAGCACGCCAGCCGACAAACUGGACGAGGUAAAGCCCCUACAAGAACUCUCCGGAGCCAACGGCAAUCCGCGGGAUUUCAUUGAACGGAGCCGAGUGCAGCCAAAGAAACGGAAUGAAGAGCAUAGUCAGUAA